AUGAGCAUCAAGCUGGAUUCGACGCUACAACAUGAAACCAUUCCACACGAGCGAAUUUGCUAUCGGCUGUGCCUCAUGGAAUUCGAUGAUGAGGGUCGUGAGCGCGUCGUGAGCUACCAGUCACGACAGAUGAAGCCUGCGGAUAAUAAUUAUCUUGUCGACACCAAGGAGACCCUCGCGAUGCGCUACGCUCUGAUCAAAUUCAGAGUGUAUCUCCUCGGCGAACAGACGUUCGAUGUUUACACGGACUACGCUUCUCUUCGGACCGCAAUGAGGAGUCCGCAUCUGUUGCAGCGGACGGCGCGCUGGCUGUCCUUCUCCGCCGAGUACAACUUCAUCGUCCAUUACAAGCCCGACAAGAAUAACAUUUUGCUGACGUGUUGUCUCGCCGCCCGGGCUACGGCCCACGCCGUGCUGUUGGUCGCGCUCGAUGUCGACGAUGAAGACGAUUGCGCUUGCUGCAUCGCGUUGGGUCUCAACGCGACGGUCUCGACUCCGGUAUCGCCGCUGCGUCAGCAGAUAGCUGAAGCGUACGACGUUGACGCCUUCUACGCCGACAUUAUCACGCACCUUCAAGACCCUAGCGUUCACUCGCUGAAGAAAAUGACGCGCCCAACACGCGACCACAUCGCGUCCUACCAGACAGAUGGUCCGCUGGUUUGA